CCUGUCAGUGUCCAUCAAUGCCAGCUGUCAGUGCUGAUCCAUGCCACCUGUUAGUGCCCAACAGUGCCACCUAGCAGUGCCAGUCAGUGCCACCUAUCAAUACCAGUCAGUGCCACCUAUCAUUGCUGCCAAUCAGUGCCAGUCAGUGCCGCCUAUCAGUGUGCAUCAGUGCUGCCUAUCAGUGCCCGUCAGUGUUGCCUAUCAGUGCCACCUAACAGUGCCAGUCAGUGCUGCCUAUCAGUGCCACCGAUCAGUGCCGCCUAUCAGUGCCAUAUAUGAGUGCUGCCUUUCAGUGCCCAUCAGUGAUGCCUGUCAAUGCCCAUCAGUGCCACCUACCAGUGCCUCCUCAUCAGUGCCACCUAUC